ACCGCCGGGGGAAAAAAAGAAAAAAAAAAAAACGGGGAGAGGGAAGAAAAUAAUAACCAAGAGAGGGAGCAGGAAACACCGCAACCCCUCCGUCCGUUUACCCGUCUCCCCGUCAGUCAUCUUGGUUGUUUUUUUCUCCCUUUAAAGCCCGAGAACCCGUUUAUUUUUCUCCCUUUUGCGGACUAACAUGGACAGAGAGGAGGACUGACUUCCAGUGAACCUCUCCUCUGUGACUGAUAGGGAGGGAAAAGGCGGCGGAUGGGGAAGACAUGUUAAGGGGCUCUUCGUCUUGAGGUCGCGGUAAGGCUGCUGUCGGUGCUCCGCUCUCUAAACACUCCGGUAAGAGGAGAAGGAGGAGGAGGCGGAUAAAAAAACAAAACAAAUGUAAAGUGUUCCGAGCUGCCAGUUGGUGUGUUUAAUUGGUUUAGUUAUGGUCUGAUAUAAGGCAGGCCUCUGAGGCAGUUUAUAGACGGAGAGCAGAGAGAAGCUAUACCUGCUUAGCUUCGCAUCUAACUGCUUUUAUUUUAGUACGUUUUCUCCAUUUUUGGAUUAAAAACAAACAGGCUAUUGUUUAUUCGUUGCUAUAUUCGUUUGCGGACACACCAACUCUUUUAGGGUUUUUUUUUAACAAAACGUGCUCUUUUUUUAAGACGUUUUUUUUAUACAUAUAUAAUCACCGUUAGGUUUAAAGCGCGGAGGUGAAUUAGCUUCGUUUUAGUUUUGAAAGAAACAAAGGAGGAUUUUUUAAAUGUUAAUGUCGACCGACGUUGCUUCCAUUAUGCUGCCUGUGUCCCGGGCCCUGAUGGACCGGGACAGGGAGCUGGACGCCAUGGCCGGGGUGCACGCCAACCCGGCCGGUGUCGCUGGAGCCGUGCGGGGCAUGAAGCGCGGAGACCCGGAGCCCGACGGACAGACGGCCGCUGCUAUGGUGGACACCACCGGGGCGGAAUGCAAGCGUCCCCGGAUGGACGGCUCAGGGGGGAUCGGUGAGGUUGGACAGAACAACGAUCCUUUGACCCUGGGCUAUCAUGGAUAUCCGUCUCACGGUCAGGGCUCUCAGGAUAGUGCUGGCGGUCAGGAGGGACUCGUACCCCCACCCUUCUCCGCUUUCCCGCCUCCCCCGCCUCCUCAGAACGGCCUGGCUUUGGAUUACGGGGGCAGCCUGUAUGCAGCAGGUGCCGUGCAGGGCCCAGUGGAAGCCGUUGGAGCAGGGAACAGUGCAACCAACGCCGCCAACAGCCUCAGCGGCCAGUCUGAUGGCUCCGCUCAGAUUGACGGGCAGUCUGGAGUUGGUUCAGGUGGAGGGGGUGGCGGCGGGGGCCCUGGGGACGAUUCAGACGCCAAAGGGACGCCCAAACGUCUCCAUGUAUCUAACAUCCCCUUCCGCUUUCGGGACCCAGACCUACGGCAGAUGUUUGGCCAAUUUGGCAAAAUCCUUGACGUUGAGAUCAUUUUCAACGAGAGGGGCUCCAAGGGCUUCGGUUUUGUUACGUUUGAGUCCAGCGCAGAUGCGGAGCGGGCCAGGGAGAAGCUCCAUGGCACGUUGGUGGAAGGACGUAAAAUCGAGGUUAAUAAUGCCACAGCCAGAGUGAUGACAAACAAGAAAAUGACCACACCGUACUCUAAUGGAGAGGGACUUGCAGCCCUACCAUAUGCUGGUUGGAAGUUAAGUCCUAUGGUCGGAGCCAUGUACAGUCCUGAGCUUUAUACAGUUCCAGGGUUCCCGUACCCGGCGGCAGCCGCAGCAGCAGCCGCCGCUUCCACCGCAGCAACAUUUCGAGGAACACAUCUGCGGGGUCGAGCUCGGCCCGUCUACAGCGCAGUCAGGGCUGCUGUCCCGCAGCCCGCCAUCUCUGCAUACCCUGGUGUGAUGGCCUAUCAGGAUGGUUUUUACGGUGCAGCUGACCUCUAUGGCGGCUAUGCAGCGUAUCGUUACGCCCAGCCUACAGCCGUAGCGACCCCUGCAGCAGCAGCCGCUGCAGCAGCAGCCUACAGUGACAGCUAUGGACGAGUUUACACAGCAGAUCCCUACCACGCUGCACUGGCCCCAGCAGCAUAUGGUGUUGGAGCUAUGGCCACGCUCUACAGGGGAGGAUACAGUAGAUUUGCCCCUUAUUAAAAGACACUUCAUGUCCCAGGACAUCCCCUAUCCCAUUGAAUUAUUCCGAAAGAGCUCCCUCUGUUGUCCUGGAGGUGGACUGCGCCCUGUUUUUAAAGUGUGGAUUUGACCACAGCUAAGAUAUUUCAGAUCCCGCCCCAGAGCAGUCCCACUUUUCUUAUCUAAGCUUCUACAAAAAUAGAGGAAUGCUGUAUUAAAGACUAAGGGUCGCCUUUACAAUCAAAAAGAAAAAAAAAAAAAAAAAACCAGACUGUAAAAUGGCCACCCUCUCUAUUGCACGGCUUUAUUAUAUUCUCCCCCUGUUAUUCCCUCGGCACUCAGCAGCACAAAAUUAAGGGGCAGAGCCUAAGCGUUCUUCCAAAGGCUGUAUGUGGAUAAUAAGACAUUGGAGCAGCUGCCUUAGAAGGAGCCAGCGCGCCGGCUGGCCUGCACACACUCUGAGGAAAGUGAGAGGGAAGCAGACGGUGUUGAGAGGAGUAAGGUGCCUUCCAAGAGAGCACCAGAGAAAGAUAUGUUUGAACCAGAUUGAUGAAAGCACCCAGCGGUGGAUUUAAGAGUCCGUCCUCAACAUGGUCAGAUGGCGAAGGGACGAGUUCCCAUCAUGCCCGGCAUCUUGGAGAAAUGAUGGAAAGCUGAACGAGGGGAGGGUUUAUCGAAGCUGUUCCUUACCUCAAGAUUCUCUUUGUAUGUGGAAAUGGUAAACCUUUAAACUUAAAAAAAAA